CAGGCGCCUUGUUUGGAAGUAAUCUGACGUGGCACAGUAAAUAAAAGAGUUAAAGUUUGUUCGUUCACAUAAUGCUAUAUUUUAUUUAAAAAUUAAUUUAAAAAUCACACUUAUUAGGAAUAUGAAUAAGCAGCUGUACCCCCAACAAAUUAAUUCUCCCCAGAAUUUUGGACAGCCACCUCCAGUUUCAAGUCCACAACAAAAUUAUCAAAGUGUUCCUCCAAUGGGGGCACCUAGUGAAUUAGUUGGUAAUAUGAAACCCAAUAUGUUGCCACCAUCUGUUGGAAGUCAUCCACCACAACAGGUUUUUCAUCCCCCAGGAAAUGUCCCUCCAAGUAACUUGACAUCACCACCCGUUUCGAAAACAGUUACAAACAAUGAGAAUAUGCCUUUUUCUAACCAAAUACCACAUUCCCAGACAGUGCAAAAAGCUCCACAAAUGCAGUUGUAUGGUAAUAAUGCUCAUUUAAAUCAAUUUAAUGGACCACCUCAAUCUCAAAUGCAAAGUCCUCCUCCAAGCAAUAUGCCUGCAGAAAGAGGAAAUAUUAAUAGUUUUCCACCAACUGACCAGGCACAACAAUUUAGAAAACCUCAACAAAUUAGUCAACCUCCUAAUAACCAGUUUUUACCCCCUCAACCUCAACACUCACAACAGAUGCCACUUCAUCCUCCCCAAUCUGGAAUGCAUUAUCCGCAUCCUCCAUUAGGACAAAAUCAACACCAUCAAUCUAACCAAUUCCAAAAACCACCUCAGCUUCCUGGGCAAAAUCAUUAUGAUGCAAGUCAUUUAUCAAAUCAGAUGCAUAAUAUGACAUUAGGUAAUCAAGUAUCAGGAAAUCAAAAACCUAAUUCAUUUGAACCUAACCCAGGAAUAAACGGAUCUUAUAACAUGCCUCCACCACCAUUACCAGGACAGCAAAUGUACAAUGGUCAACAAAUAGGGCCAUAUCCUUCCCAACCAAUUAUGAGUCCAGGACAAAUGGUGCCUGGUCAUGUGCAAAAAGAAGGACCUAUGCAAAUGCAGGGACCACCUCCAUAUGGUGGACCAGUCCCUCCUGGAGGCAUGGGACAUUAUCCACAGCCAGCAUAUCAGCAACAGCAGCAGCAACAACAAAGCAAAAGAUUAGAUCCCGAUCAAAUGCCUAGUCCAAUUCAAGUAAUGCAAGAUGAUCAGAAAAAUAGAUCAGGUGUAUUUUGUACAAAUCAAAAAGGUUUAGUGCCCCCUUUGGUCACUACAAAAUUUGUUGUUCAAGAUCAAGGCAAUGCCAGUCCCAGAUUUAUUCGUUCAACAAUGUAUAAUGUCCCCAUUUCUCAGGAUCUUAUCAAACAAACAUCAGUGCCAUUUGCUCUCAUAAUCAGUCCAUUAGCUAACCAAGAGGGACAAGAAUUUCCUUUACCUAUUGUAAAUUUUGGAGAACUCGGUCCUGUGAGAUGUAUUCGUUGUAAAGCCUACAUGUGCCCUUUCAUGCAGUUUAUUGAUGGUGGACGUCGAUUUCAGUGUUUGUUCUGCAAAGCAACUACUGAUGUUCCAACGGAAUACUUCCAGCACCUUGAUCACACUGGUCAACGAAUGGAUCGAUACGAACGCCCUGAACUCAUCCUAGGGUCAUACGAAUUCGUGGCUACUAAGGAUUAUUGUCGAAAUAAUCAACCACCACAAGCGCCUGCAAUUAUUUUUAUCAUUGACGUUUCUUACAAUAGCAUAAAGUCUGGGUUGGUGCAUUUAAUAUGUUCACAAAUGAAAAACAUCAUCAAAAAUCUACCAGUUGACCAAGGUCAAGAAAAAAGCAAUAUGAAAGUUGGUUUCAUCACAUACAAUAAAACAGUUCAUUUUUAUAAUAUUGGUACGAGUUCAGCUACUCCUCAAAUGAUGAUAGUGGGUGAUGUCAAUGACAUGUUUGUUCCCUUACUAAAUGGGUUCUUUUCAACUCUGGAAGAAUCAGAAGCAGCUAUUGAUGCACUUAUGCAGCAAAUCCCAAAAAUGUUUGCAGAUACUAAAGAAACAGAAACGAUUCUUUUGCCCGCUAUAACUGCAGGUUUGGAGGCACUGAAAGCAUCUGAAAGAGUUGGAAAAUUAUUAGUGUUCCACUCAUCUUUGCCUACUGCUGAAGCACCAGGAAAAUUGAAAAACAGAGAUGAUAGGAAAGUAUUAGGAACUGAUAAGGAGAAGAGUGUGUUACAGCCACAAAGUCAGGCCUAUAAUCAACUUGGGCAGGAUUGUGUUAUGUCCGGAUGUUCAGUUGAUCUAUUUGUGUUCAAUAAUUCUUACAUUGAUUUGGCAACAAUUGGACAAGUCUCACGUUUAACUGGGGGGGAAAUAUAUAAAUAUACUUAUUUCCAGUCCGAAAUCGAUGGCGAUCGAUUUAUAAUCGAUUUAAUUAGAAACAUCAGUAGACCUAUUGCAUUUGAUUGUAUGAUGAGAGUAAGGUCAUCAACAGGAGUACGUCCUGUUGAAUUUUACGGCCAUUUCUUCAUGUCUAAUACUACCGAUAUGGAAUUGGCUUCAAUAGACUGUGAUAAGGCGGUUGGUGUAGAGAUUAAACACGACGACAAGUUAGCGGAGGAAGAGGGCGUGUACAUUCAAGUCGCACUCUUGUACACGUCUUGUUCCGGUCAGAGGAGAUUGCGAAUAUUAAAUUUGUCUUUAAAUACAUGCUCACAAAUGGCAGAUUUAUAUAGAAGUUGCGAAUUAGACACAUUGAUUAACUACUAUUCGAAGCAGAUGUGCUACAAGUUAUUAGAAAACAGUCCUAAAGCUGUUAAAGAUGCCAUCGUUUCCAGAUCAGCACAGAUUUUGGCAACUUAUAGGAAAAACUGCGCAAGUCCCAGCAGCGCCGGCCAAUUGAUAUUACCUGAGUGUAUGAAGUUGUUGCCACUUUAUGUCAAUUGUUUAUUAAAAAGUGAUGCAAUUUCUGGAGGAUCUGAUAUGACCGUUGACGACAAGUCGUAUCAAAUAUACGCUGUUAUGACAAUGGAUGUACCUCGAUCUGUAACCUACUUUUAUCCUCGUUUAAUUCCUCUACACGAAAUUGAAAUAACGGAUAACAGCGAAGUUGAAAUACCAUCACCCAUUCGAUGUUCAAUAGAAAAAAUGACUGACCAAGGAUUAUACAUAUUGGAAAACGGCAUUUACAUGUUCCUGUGGAUUGGCCUUGCGUUGGAUCCCGAGUUGUGCCAACAAAUAUUUGGAGUCCCAUCUGCAAUGCAAAUCAAUAUUGACAAAUCACACUUGCCCAAUUUAGAUAAUCCACUCUCAGUUGCAGUAAAUUCAGUUAUCAAUCAAGUUAGAAAUCAAAGGCAUAAAUGCAUGAGGCUUACUCUCGUGAGGCAGAAGGAGAAAUUGGAACCUGUUUUUAAACAUUUCUUGGUGGAAGACCGAGGCUCAGAUGGAAGUUUAAGUUAUGUAGACUUCUUGUGUCAUAUGCAUAAAGAAAUUAGAAGCAUCUUAAGCUAGAAAAAUAUUUAAUGAAAAUGUCAACGUUAAAACGGAUCGUCUAGAGCUACUACAGUUCAAUUAAUUGACAGAUUGAUAUACUUUUGUUUUACAUUCAAAAAAAUAUAUGUUUAUAUUUUUCCGUUACUUUACAUAAUAUAUAUUAUAUAUACAUGUAUUAUAAGUUAAAACACGUAAUCAAAUAGAAUUUUUAUGUAUGUCAUGUUAGUUGAUCAUUCUGAAUUUCUGUAUGUUAUUUUUUGAUGAACUAUAAAUUCUGUAAUUUAUUUUGUACCUAUGAUCCCAAAAAAUCAAUUUAAAAAAUUAUGUCGACCUUUUAAAAAUAAUAAUACUUAGUCAUAAGGUCUUGUGUAGGCAAUUAUUAUUUUUUUAAAUUAUGUUAAAGGUGUAUUAUAAUUUCUUAUAAAUAAACUAUUACUGAUUG